CGGGAGGGGUGUUCGGCGCAGUCCGGAAGCGCUCGGGAAAGUUCGGAAGCGGGUUUAAACGGAGGCGAGCGGAGCGCUCUGCUGAGGCGAAGCGCGGGCGGGCAGGGGAUAAAGAGGCGCGGAGAGGAGCGGGCGUCGGUCCCGGGAGGCUCGCGGCGCUGCUUCUCCGGUUGGGAAGCGAGGGCGAGGGCGGCUCCGCGAUGCUCACCGACAGUUUGGUGGAGGAGUUCGAGAUACGCGAGGAUGAGCCGUGGUACGACCAGCAGGACCUGCAGCAAGAUCUCCAUCUUGCUGCUGAGCUUGGGAAGACGCUCUUGGAUCGGAACACAGAGUUGGAGACAUCCCUGCAGCAGAUGUAUUCCACCAAUCAAGAGCAACUGCAGGAGAUAGAGUAUCUUACAAAGCAGGUGGAACUUCUGCGUCAAAUGAAUGAUCAACAUGCCAAAGUUUACGAACAGCUUGAUGUCACUGCCAGAGAACUGGAAGAUGCUAAUCAAAAGCUAGUUUUUGACAGUAGAGCCUCGCAGCAAAAGAUAAUAAGCCUUACUGAGACUAUUGAAAGUCUUCAAGGACAUAUUGAUGAUCUCCAGAGACAAGUGGAAGAGUUAAAGAAUUCUGGGCAAGGGUAUGCGAAUCGUGAACGGUGUGAGCAUCCAAGAUCUGUUCAUAGUUUUGCAUGUCUGAAGGAAUUGUAUGACCUUCGCAAGUAUUUUGUUUAUGACCAUGUUUUUGCGGAAAAAAUUACUUCUGUGGAUAGCCAGCUGAGUCCUCUGGAGGAAGAAAACCAGAGGUUAAAAAAGGCAAUGACUCUUUUGCAAGCACAGCUCAGCAUGGAAAAAGAGAAGAGGAUGACGAUGGAGGAAGAGUACAAUCUCAUGCUGAAGGAGAACUGUGAUCUUGAGCAGAGGUUGGUGGAUGUCGAUCUAUACCGAGCCAGAGCUGAAGAGCUUGAGUUUGAAGUGGCUGAAAUGAAGCAGAUAUUUCAGUCUGAAAGCACCUUUGCUAAUGGGGUGGAAAAGCUUGUUCCAGAGUCUUUUUUUAUUUCCUUCAAAGAUUCUUUAGAGAGAGAUCUGAGUCAGAGCCCUUCAGAUUGGAGCUCUUCUGAUGGGGUUCUUUUAACUGUCCCAGAACCCGACAGAAGGGCACUCAAAAGAAGCACCAGCGAGACCUUCCUUGGCAGUGUUGCAGGUGGGGAUCUUCUAAUAAAGGGCCAUGAAGAAACCUGUAUCCGGCGGGCAGAAGCUGUAAAGCAAAGGGGCAUCUCUCUGCUUAAUGAGGUUGAUGCACAGUAUAACGCUUUGAAGGUCAAGUAUGAAGACCUCCUGAAGAAGUGUCAACUAGACGAGGAGUCAUUGAAACAUAAAGCUGUACAAACUUCUAAACAAUAUUCCAAAGAUGUCAGAGUGGGGAAUAAAUCCUUGGACAUGUGUGUUGGAGAAGCUGAACCCACAAAUGCUGACCCAGCCCCAGCCAGCUUGCCUUCAUACCCUCCACCCGAAUACAAGCUUCUCUUUAAGGAAAUCUUUAGUUGUAUCAAGAAAACCAAACAGGAAAUAGAUGAACACCGAGCAAAGUAUAAAUCCUUUCCUUCUCAGCCUUAACAAACUUUCUGUACAUCACUACUACCUUAGAAAACUGUUGUUCUUGAAGUAGCUGUCUGAAUGUUUCAUUUGAGACAUUGCUGCAUGUCUGUUCUGCUAGAGUAUAUGUAGGUUGACUUUUUGAACUUGUAGGGUGCGUUGGGUCCACUUGAUUUGGGGUGUGUGUGUGUUUGACACAGUUGUUGCCACUGAUUUGCUCAGGACAUUGCAGAUUAUGCUAAAUUGGCAGAUGAAAUGGUUACGUGACUCUGCUAACUGCACCAAAUGCCUGGUAAUAAAAGUUGUAUUUUGGAGAAUUGGAAACCACCCAGUGGCUGCAUGUUAAAGAGUUGUCACUUAUGGAGGUCUAGUUUUUGGAUUAUUUCUGCGGUCCUGAGUUGGAAAGUAGAAAUUCUUCUGUAGUAUUGUGUUUAUUUUCAACAAUGGCAAUUCGGCUAUUAAACAUGCUAUGAAAUUAAAUUGCAAGUCUGGUACAUUUUUAAAAGGCAACCUCCUUGCAUUUAAUAUUUGACUCCAAAUAUUUUUUUGUUUUGGUCAGACCUGUAAUUUAAAGUAAUAAAUUUAACAAGAAAUGUCCACGCAGAGAUCAAGCACUGGUUUAAUUUGCUUGAGUAGAUGGGCAUUGGUUCUUCUGGAAAUAAAGUACAGUUGCUGUCUUGAGAAGAAAUUGUUGCUAUAGGAAUGAUUGGAACAGAGAAGUGGCCAUUGCCGAGUGUGCUACAUUUGGGUAACAAGCAUUCUGUAUGUAUCCGUUCUAUGUGUAUGCUAGUUCAAAUUGCUCCUGGAAGCAAGCAGUCUUUCAGUGACUAGCUGGGAGUUUUGGAAGCUUUCAUCCCCUGAAAAGAUGAGCAAAGAUUGCUUCCACUGUUCUGUGAAAUAUGGGCAAUCUUUUUCACUGAACAUCUCAAAUAGGUCCAGCUAUUCCAGGCUUCCUCAACCUCGGCCCUCCAGGUGUUUUUGGCCUACAACUCCCAUUAUCCCCUAGCUAGAGUGGUCAGAGAUGAUGGGAAUUGUAGUCUCAAAACAUCUGGAGGGCCGAGGUGGAGGAAGCCUGGACUAUUCUAUUGGCAGGAUUUCUCACUGCAUAAACAUUAAAUACUUUGAACUAAACAAGGCUUGAGCUGAAUGCUUACUUUAUAUGAGGUACAGUGAUUAUAAUGUCACAUCAAAGGAAAAAUGCCAGGGAAUUCUUCAGGCAGGACCUUGAUUUCACAUGAAUUGGCAGCUUAAGCUUCUUUUCCUGGAUCUUUCACCCCCUACUAAAUAUCUAGUUUAAGACUAAAUUGGUAAGAUUUUGAACAUUAAUGCUUUGAGUUAUCAGAUGGGCCCCAUCAUAGCUGCCUGAACCAGUGACCAUGCCUCUUAUGCAUGGAGUUGUCAUUGGAGUAGCAAAUGUUCUGUAUGUAAAAGGGACUACGGUGUGAUGGGGGGUAUUUUUGAGGUAUAUUUAGAGUGUUGUCUUAUGGCAGAAGGUUAUGGGUUCAACACACUGUUCUGCUGCUAAUAAUGGCAUUUGUUGCAAAGACCACGUGCAUGUAAUUGUUCACUUGUGUUAAGAAUAUUGUAUUUAACAUGGAGGAUGGCUUCAUAUUUUCUAG